CUCAGACAACGGUCGAAGACGCAAUCGAGAUUGCAGAUCUGACGCAAACUGGCCGUCAAGAUGCUGCUGGUCCAGAGCCAGAAGCCGAGAGCCGUAGCCUCGACAAAGCGAUGUACUUGAAGCUCAUCAGCGCUGGCUUCUCCUUCUUCGUCGCCGGAGUCAACGAUGGAGCCAUAGGGGCUUUGAUACCCUAUUUCAUCCGUGACUACAAUGUUACCACCGCAAUCGUGUCCAGCGUCUACGGCGCCAACUUCCUCGGCUGGCUCUUUGCCGCCAUUACCAAUACCCACCUCCGCCAGUAUCUCGACCUUGGCGCCAUGCUCGCCCUCGGAGCCGCAUUCCAGAUCGCCGCUCACGCCCUCCGGUCCUGGGAACCUCCCUUCGGACUCUUUGUCGUCACGUUUUGGCUCGUGAGCGUCGGCCAGGCCUUCCAGGACACGCACGCAAACUCGUGGGUUGCCAGCGCCGUCCCAAAGGGCGCGCAUCGCUGGCUGGCGUUUAUCCAUGCCAUGUACAUGGCGGGCUGCCUCGUCGGCCCGUUUGUCUCGACGGCGGUGGCUUCGGCGGGAGAGGUCUCGCGGUGGUACUUGUUCUAUACGUUUCCGCUGGGGCUCGGAGUGAUGAAUCUCGUUUUGACGUGUGUUGCAUUCCGGGACACGCUCGGGCUUCAGCGGAAGAGCUCUGCGAGCGAGAUAUCGAGAAACAAGGAGGCGACGCAGCUCAUCAAGAAGACGGCGUCCACGCCCAGCGUCUGGCUGCUCAGCCUCUUCUUCUUCUUCUACCUCGGCUCGGUGCUCACGGCGGGCGGCUGGGUCGUCGAGUACCUGGUCAACGUGAGGCACGGCAAUCUUUCGCAGAUGGGAUACGUGCCGGCGGGCUUCAACGGCGGCGGUCUCCUGGGGCGGUUGCUGCUCGCUGAGCCAACACAUAGGUUUGGCGAGCGCCGGAUGGUGUUUCUGUAUGUUGUUGCGUCGAUCGGCCUGCAGCUCAUCUUCUGGUUGGUGCCGAACAUUGUCGCCGCAUCAAUUGCCGUCAGUCUUAUCGGCUUCUUUACAGGACCGCUGUUUCCGACUGGCAUCUCCCUGGGCUCGAAAUUGUUUCCGUCAGACAUUCACUCCACCGCGCUGCCGCUGGUUUUUGUCUUUGCCCAGCUGGGAGGAUCCCUGUUUCCCAUCAUCACGGGAGUUGUCUCUGCCGAUGCCGGCGUCAAAGUGCUGCAGCCCAUGCUGAUUGCCCUCCUGACGGUUACGGCGAUUAGCUGGCUACUUGUGCCGUCGCCAAAGACUUCGAAUGCCGAGCUGCAUCAAGAGUAG